CUUGCUCACAGGGUGCUUUCACUUUCUGUUAAGAGAAGGAAACUGGCCUCUGAAGGAGCACGGAGCUCUUGACUGACUGUGAAGAACAUUGGUUCCUGCAUGGAUCUCUAAGUUAUUCCAGUAUUUUGCAGUUGGAGCUCUUUUGUCAAGAUCUGGUCCUGAGCCUCAGCCGUCACAGAGCCCUGAGCCGUUUGUAGGUGUCUGAUCCUCUGGAGCUGGAUCUUUCUUUGGUGGGUCCUCGGUGAAGACCACUGCCAGACCGGUGACUGUGACUUGCCAGACAUUCAUAACACCAUGCCCACCAGGGCGACACUCCCAUACAGGCUCUACGUGAACAGCGUGUUCUUGUUCCUCCGCGUGCCGCAGCUCUUCUCCACCUGCGUGGCAUUCUCCUUGGUGGCUGACAUGGGCAUUUGGAGAGGGGACAUAGGUAACUGGUUCAUGUCCUGCUGGUGCAUCUGUUUCAUUGUGACCCUAUUCAUAGUCAUAAUUGAGUUAAAUGAUCUCCAGCCUCGCUUUCCUUUCUACUGGUACAACUUUCCCGUCACCUUUGCCUGCUACGCCACCCUCAUCUGCCUCUCAGCCUCCAUCAUCUACUCCGUCACCUACGUCCAGUUCCUGCCUGAUGGCCCUGAGUGGGACCGGGCCAUCGCUGCCACUGCAUUCUCCUGCAUCGCGUCAGUGCUUUAUGCCAUAGAAACGGCGGGCAUGUGGAACUUCUACAAGCUCAAGGAGAUCCCCUGCUACCUGCACACCGUGCCCAGCCUGCUGAACGUGCUGGAGACCUUCGUUGCUGGUGUCAUCUUUGCCUUCCUCAGCAACACCUCCCUAUACCUGCACCAGCCGGCCCUGGAGUGGUGUGUGGCCGUGUACUCCAUCUGCUUCAUCUCAGAAGCAGUAACCAUCCUGUUAGAUCUGGGCGAAUGGGAGAACAGGCUGCCCAUCCCCUUCCCCAUUUUCCAACUUGUGCUCACCGUGUUCUCUGUCCUCCUCUACAUCAGUGCUCUUGUCCUCUGGCCGCUCUACCAGUUCUAUGAGGAGUUCGGCGGGCUGCCCCAGCGGUCCAGCGAUGUGAGCUGCAUUGAUGACCUCAUGUGCACCUGGGACCAGCGACUGGCUGUGGCCGUCCUGACAGCCAUCAACUUGCUGAUUUAUGUGGCUGAGCUGGGGUACUGGGCCCGCCAGGUCUUGUAGGGACUGAGGACCAGUCUGGAGACUCCUGAUCCUCUGCUCACAGGAGGUAUCCUCACUGAGCUCUGACGUCCUCUGAUGCCCUCUUCCUGGCUCCCUCUCUCCCUUCUCACAUCCUUCCCCAUGCAUCUCACUCUCUUUUCUGUUCCUUUUCUCCUUCUGCUCUGUCUCCUUCCUGUCUUGUGUGGUUGCCCACAUUCUCUUUUGCUUCUUUCUUUUUCUUCUCUCAUUUUUUCUACAUUUUCUAUUUUUUGGCCCUUUUCUGGUUCUCUUGUCUCCUGUGUCCUGACCACCUCUCUCCAUUUUCCUUCUUCUGACCCAUCAGGACCUGAGAGUCCUUCCUUCUCUGCCCACCGCCCCCUCCUGCCUCGUAAGGUGCGGACUCCACAGCACACAGCCCUCUGUGCAGCUGUUCACACCCUGGGCCUCCGGAGGGGCCUCAUUGCCAAAGUGUGUCUGUCCCUCUGGGGGUGAUAGUUGGUGUGUUUAUGGGGGGUGUAUGGGUAUUGGGGGUAGGUAGGUUCUCAUUUCUGUUAGUGGAGGGGGCUGUACAGUGCACUUCCCCUUUAAGUUAAAGAAAAUCUCUAGAGGUCAAUAAUGUCAAGUGGGCAGGAAAUUUGAAGCAGAGACCUUAGAUUGAGACCCAACCUGUUGCACAACCCCACCAGAGAUUGACUGGAGAAUUUUCCCAGGCUUACUAAUUAUCUGCUGCCUAGAGGGUGUCUUAACAGAAGUGUCUUAACCAAUCCAGCUCCUCUCUGGGCAAAUUAAAAAGGAUCUAGGAAAAAAACCACAAGGUCUUGAAGACACCUGUCUGCAGUGUUGGUGAGGGACGGUGAUGUGGCCCUCCUGCCUCAGUGAUCAAAGCAGCAGGUCCUUCCUCUGCAGGGAGAAGAGCAUGGUCCUGCCAGCCUUAAAGGGGAUGUUAGCCUGCUUUUCUUUUGUCCUAUUCUUUUCUUUUUUCUGAUCAAGACAGCAAAAAUUAGUAGGUGACCCUAUUUGUAAAGGGAAAGUUUCUUUUCAAAUUUUCUCCAGUGGGCAGUUUGGGGGGGUAGCAUUUGACAGCAUUGACAACGCUGAUGUCAUUGUCAUAGAAACUGCAUGGCUUGAGUGUGUGGUGCACACACAUAUGCUGAAGCAUAAUGUGAUCUAUGUAAAUACAUAUAGUUUAGAGAAACUCCACAGAGCUUUUCGUGUCCAUCAUUGUCUCUGCUCAAUCACAUAGUCUGUUUCUCAAUCACAGAAAAAGACUUCUACCCCCUCCCACAUUUAUAGUGUCCUUUUCAAUUUCAAUAUAAAGAUGAAGGAAAACAAAGAAAAACCUCCACAAAAUCCAAAUAUUCUAAUUGCCCCAAAUUUGCCUAGGAUUCAGAAGGAUUCUAUCCAACUUCCACCCUCACCCAAACCUGGGUUUCGUGGAGCCCCUUCCACUGAUGCCCCACCCACACCUGGACCAGACCCUCGGUCACAGGUGGCCCAGCCUGGGACACAAGAGGUUAGGCCCACCCCAGUGCCAGCUUCCUGUGCCCGAACUCUUAAAAGGGCCAGGAAAGCACCUGGACGCCUCUCUUUAAGGGUGUGUGCCUGCGUGCAGGCUCAGUGGGUGUUUUUGUGCGUCUCUGUGCGUACCUGUAUAUGUGCCCGUGGGUUCCACUGCACUGAGGCCAGUAGCAGUUUGUUUACAGGAACUGGUGACUGGGAAGGCACCAAAAGAACUCUUCCUCUCUUCCUCUCAAAUGCAAAGCCUCAGAGCCCAACAUCCUGGUGUCACCAGGCCCAGAGGGACCCGGCAAGCAGAGCUGUGGGAGAGGGGCGGGGAAGGCCCCUGCUGCUGCCCCUCACUCCUGCGCUGGGAGGAAGGACCCCCGCUGCUGCCCCUCACUGCUGCGCUGGGAGGAAGCCUGGGAUCUUCACCCACAGGCAGGUGUGGUGGAGGGGGAGGGCUCCCAGGAGGCAGUUCCCAUGGCAGGUAAAACUUAAGAAGCAAUGAAAUAGACUUGCUAUUUUAAGACAAGACAAGAAAAAUUUAAACAUAAAUAUUUUCUCUGCCCAUUUGAACCUUCUCCCUCCCCUCUGGUGUGCAUUGUGUAUUCGCAUUGUGUAUAAAACCUACCUUCACAAGGGCAGAAAUACCUGCUCCACCAUAAAGAUCAAUAUUUCUGUUCUGGGCCCAGUCAUGUGACUCCUUAGAAAAUACUACUACUUACAAAUGACCUUAUUAAUGUCACUACUUUAUUACUUCUAUUCUUCCUGUUAGACAAGGUUCUUGUUUCUUGCUUUCACAAUGUGUUACUGAGCCCCUGAAAAAAACUAAUGAUUAACUGGCUUGAAACGAUUGACCUGAUGUAUAAUUCUAAGAUCACUGAUUGUAAUAGUGUGACUCUGGAUUUGGGAAGAAGCAACAGGAAGGAAACAUUUCCUGGAGCUGACAGACUAGUAAGACAGUUGGUCCAGAGGAUUUUGGCUACUGUUACCAGGACUAGAUGAGUAAUUGCUUGCUGAGUAGCCUAUCAAUGAAAUCUUUACCUGACCAGGGAAUGAGCAUUCCUAGCAUCCUGGGGCAAAUUGGUCAAAAACACCUCCCAAACUUUAGCUGAAAUUAAGACAGAAACAAAUGGAGAAUAUUGAGUAGUAAAAAAUGUUGCCCACCACUGGGUUCUACAAGAAUCAAGUCAUUAAUCACUGCAGUCACUGACCUAUCCUGAAAGUAAUCUACCCUGAAAUGAAUUCAGUGUGGAAAUCAGGAAGAAGCACUUUAUGUUGUAGCAAGACUGGCAGAACCAGUCCUCAGAUAGAUAUUUUUAGGAGAAAUUUUUAUGAACCCAGUUUCUUGCAUCUUCCCAUACUUAGAAAAGCACUAAAUCCUUAACUCUAGUAUCUGACCCUUUUGAAGAACAAUAACUUGGCUAAGAUGUAUGCUUGGUUGCAUGUACCCUUCUCCAAAUCACACACAUACUGUCUCCAACCCUUAACUCUUCAGCACAGUUCUCACAGCCUUCUGAAAGACUGUCUCCCUGGUUAUAAUUCUUUGUUGACUUGAGUAAAACUUUUCACUCCUUUUUGAA